AUGGCUUCCGCGCUGAACAAACGCCAGCAGGCGCGCAACGAGCGGACGCUGCAGGAGCUGAUCAAGACGGUGCCGGGGAACGGGACUUGCGCCGACUGCGGCGCGAAGAACCCAGGAUGGGCGAGCUGGAGCCUGGGCAUCUUCCUGUGCAUGCGCUGCGCGGCGCUGCACCGCAAGCUGGGGACGCACAUCAGCAAGGUCAAGUCGCUGAGCAUGGACAAGUGGGACAAUGCGCAGGUCGAUAACAUGAAGCGCAUCGGCAACGCCGAGUCGAACAAGACGUACAACCCGCGCAGCACCAAGGCGCACAUCCCCAUCGACGUGGACGAGGUCGACGGCGCCAUGGAGCGCUACAUCCGCCAGAAGUACGAGCAGCGCGUCUUCAUGGGCGCCUCGCAGCCCGGCACGCGCCACAACACGGGCAGCACCAGCUCAGAGGACCGCCCGCCGCCGCUGCCGCCCAAGCCCACCGGCCGCUUCGGCUUCGGGCUGCGCAAGACGUCGACGUCCAAGUCGCCGCCCGCGUCGCCGGGGCUGGGCUUCGACGCGUACCAGGCCUCGCCGCCGCGCGUCAACAAGCCGUCGCGCGUCUUCGGCUCCAACAUCCACACGUCCGGCGACGGGCUCGACUCGAAGCUGGCCACCCUGCGCGACAUGGGCUUCCCGGACGACAAGCGCAACUCGACGGUGCUGAAGGGGCUGAACGGCAAUCUGGACCGCACCGUCGAGGCCCUGAUCCGCCUGGGUGAGCAGAACACCGGACGCUCCGGGCGCACGACGCCCACGCCGCCCGCGAAGAACGGCACGAACGGCUUGUCGUUUGAUAACCCGAGCGCGUCGGCCGCGUCGACGAACCCCUUCGAUGCGCUGGAUGCGGCCCCGCUGGCUCAACAGCAGCAGCAGCAGCAGCAGCAGCAGCAGCAGCAGGGGCAGUUUGGGUACGGACAGCAGCAGGCGAGCUCUUACAACCCGUUUCUGGCUCAG